CACAACCCGGUGCUACGUCACACAUAUAUGGGGAUAGCCCUCGCUUCGUGAUUCCCUAAAUUGUUCUCAGCUGGUGUUUUAUCAUUUAAUCUGUUGUUAAUUGCACCGUAUAUUGGUGCUUCAGAAUGUCAACGUGGUUCCCUGAGCAGCCUAAGGCAUGGUACCACAGAAUGUGUUUAAGGAUCCUUGGCUUUGGACAAAUCCCUAAACAUGUAGCAGUCAUAAUGGAUGGCAAUAGAAGAUUCGCUGUGAAAAAUAGUAUGGAAAGAGCAGAGGGUCAUCUCAAAGGUUUUGACAAACUUACAGAGGUUUUAGAAUGGUGUUUAGACAUUGGAAUCACAGAAGUUACUGUUUAUGCCUUUAGUAUAGAGAACUUUAAAAGAUCUAAAGCAGAGGUUGAUUGUCUCAUGGAACUUGCAAGAAAAAAGUUUAAAAGACUGAUGGAAGAAAAAGAUAAGAUACAGGAGUAUGGUGUAUGUGUGCGUGUGCUGGGGAAUGUCAGUUUAUUACCUGAUGAUAUACAGGAAAUUAUAGCCGAGGUUGUCACAUACUCUAAAGAUAAUACCAGGGCCAUAUUAAAUGUUUGUUUUGCCUAUACCUCUAGAGAUGAAAUGUGUACAGCUAUGAAAGAAAUAGCAGAAGGUGUAUCACUUGGAUUGAUAAAAGACAGCGAUGUAUCAGAAGCCUUAUUGGAGAAAAGUCUGUAUACAGGAAAUUCUCCCAACCCAGAUCUUCUUGUAAGGACAUCAGGAGAAGUUAGACUAAGUGAUUUUUUACUAUGGCAGACUGCAUACAGUUGUUUGGCUUUUGUAAAAGUGUUAUGGCCAGAAUUCAGCAGGUGGCAUUUAUAUGGAUGUAUUUUACAUUACCAAAGAAACUAUAAGCAACUUCAGAAGGCCAAAGAACAGAAUGAAGCUGACCAAAUACGAUUACAAAGAGAAAGUGAUUAUGAAAUUGUAGCUCAACAAAUGGACCAAUCAGAAACUCAAUCUAUACAUACACUUGCCAAACAAUAUGCAAAUGACAGAGAAAACAGGGUCAAUAAUUUUGUGCAAUAUCUUCAUGACAAACGUGAUAAAUUCUUUCAUGAUAUAGCAGCAAAAAGCAAAAAAAGUAUGACAUGAUGUAGAAUGUUCUUAAAAAUAAUCUAAAGGUGCUAAUCCAGAUACACAUUCCUAAAUCUAAUACUAUAAAUUCAGUAAUUAUUGUGUGCAUUUAAUAUUGUGAUUUUUCAAGAAUGGACAAAAAGUGAGUUUAAUUAUUGCAAAUUAGUAAAAUAAUGCACACAGGUAUAUGUUUCAGUAAAGAGUUGUCAGAAUUCAGUGUUCUCAUUAUUAGGAUAGCCAUCAAAUCGCAUUAUUUCAUAUUAAUUAAAACCUCACAAUAAUUUCUGAAUUUACAGUAGUUAAUAU